AUGUCUUCCAACGGAGAUAGAAACGAUCAACUGGAAGUGGCAAGCCUUCUCGAAUCAAAUUUUAUCGACGAUCAAGAGGUCAAAAUCAAGGAAGAACCCUUAGAGGAAAAGACUGGCGUCGACCAAGAUAUUCCUCUUUAUGAUCCGGCUUUUCUCCCAGAUCUUGAGAGCCAAGCUAUGAUGUAUCGUUCCAAUUCACCAGCUCUGUCCAUUCGAUUACGAAGACCUGAAAGACCUGCGUCUGAGAUGUAUGCAUUCACGACAGCUGGUGUAGCCGCCUUGACCAAUAACCGGCUUUUACAGGAGCGGCUCAACAGGUUAUUGUCUAUGCCUCACUCAGAAGAUGAGUUCCCUGAUGAUGAGUUGUCUCAUACUUCGGAAUCUCAAUUGAAUGGGCUCGUUCACAACCCUGGCUAUAGCCAACCUAAACUUACCUAUUCAGAGACUCUUUAUCAGCAACUUGAGUCUUACCCACCUCACAUGUCUGGUUAUCCUCAGGAUUCAUUUUCGCCAGAGCAUUCUGAUCAGUUGGAUGGAUCUUUUGAUCCGCAGUUUCCACAAACACCUUCCGUUGAUGAUCUAGAUGACACAAUCGUAGUCGACUCGACUAUGUACAACUCCAGGGUUCCUUCCGAAGACUUCUCUGCCAGUCCGACCCCUACUCCACAAGAAGUUUUACUUGAGAACCGAGCACCCUCUACACCUCGUGCAGGUCCUAAAACAAGACGCCAGUCUGCCACGUCUAGGGCCAACAAAACUAGUGCUGCAGGUCGAAGAAAUCGUGCCAGACGUGCAGAGGAUUUUGCUCCUCCCCCUGGUGCGAUGACUGCUGCCGAUGUCAUCGCGGUCCACGAGAACAAUAUCCGUCGUAGAAACAAGCGGUACAAGAGGGCCGGCAUUAAACACCCACCCCUCGACGACAUCGAACAGGACGUUGUUGACACACUUAACGAACUUGGUGUCCCGAUCGAUGUCAACGAUAUGUACCUCCAGCAGGUAUAUUCGAAUAGAGAUACGACGCUCGACGGAAGUCUGAACGAGUCCGCAGACAGCACGAUCGAUACUAUGGAUACUGAUGAAACAGUAGUACCACUUCCUCCUAGUCUCCCUGAGGAACCUGAUUUUCCAACAAGUGCUCGCUGGCGAGACCGUGGGCCUGAUGGUCAAGCAAGAGCAAGAUGGGGAUCUGCUCGAUGGCGGGCAAAGGGAAAGGUACGAAAAACGCAAGCCUGGAAAGAUGCAACUCAAGAUGAAAGAGAGGCAAUGGAGAUUGCUGCAGCAGAUGCUCUUGUGUUCAUUGCAGACCCUAUUCCAGUCGGACCUGUACCACUACAAUCUCAUGCACCAUGGUUGCGAUCAGAAAGAGCCAUUCUCCUGCAAGAAGUGACCGACAACAAUAAAAGGAUCCAGACCACAGGCAAUAGGUUAGAUACAGUGGCUGAAGCUUACAAUCGACGCAUGCUUUCCAGAACACAGAAAGCAGGAGAGCUUUGUAUUGCUACUGGUAACGGUGAAUCUCGAAAGAAUUCACGGUUAACAAAAGACCGUACUCCACCACAUAGGACAGAAGAGACGAUCAUGUCGAAUUUGAAAAAGUGGUCGGAUCUGGGGGAUACCUGUCUGUGCAGGCAACAUCAGCGGUAUCUUGUCGGUGAUUUCGAACGAAGUGGAGAUUUUCCUCAUGGCCACGGAGUUGAGGUAUGUAUACCCAAGGACCGCAAGGAUGAUGCUUGCCAUUGUGAUGAUCACCUUCGAGAUUUCAAUGGGGAGUUUCCGCCGGGACACACAAAAACCCGUUGUAGUCACCUUCUCAUUCGAUCCAACAAGUGA